AUGGUUUGUCUGGUUUGCAGAGACCAAAUCAGUGACAACAGUGCAAAGACAAUACCGCCAAAGGCUCCAGCUCCAGACUGUAGCCUCUCAUUUGCCGCUGGCAUGAAUGGCCUCGCUGGACCUCUCCAUGGUUUAGCUAACCAAGAGGUACUCCUGUGGGUCACCAAGCUUCGUGCUGAAAUCGGUGAUGAUGUCACGGAAGAUCAGUUGAAGGAGUUCAUCUGGAAGACCCUUAAAUCUGUCCAGGUUGUUCCAGGUUAUGGCCAUGCUGAUUUGCGAAAGACUGAUCCUCGUUACUCGUGCCAACGUGAAUUUGCCCUCAAGCAUCUUCCUGACGAUAAGCUGUUCAAACUUGUUGCCAAGUUGUACAAUGUUGUGCCUCCAAUCCUCACUGAACUUGGUAAGGUGCAGAACCCAUGGCCAAAUGUGGACGCUCACUCGGACGUAAUGCUUCAGUACUACGGCAUGACGGAGAUGAACUACUACACAGUGCUUUUCGGAGUCUCUAGGGCCUUGGGCGUACUGUCGUCUCUGGUGUGGGACCGUGCUCUUGGGCUCCCCAUCGAGAGACCGAAGUCCAUGAGCACUGAAGGACUGCAGAAACUAGUCGGUGCCACAGCCGCCCAAGGAGCCUAAAGCAGCCGGCGACUCAGUCAGGAUUUUUACAAUUGCAUGUAAUUAACACAUUUUUGUAAAAUUAUUUAUGUGAAUGGAUUAAUUUUAUUAGAACAAUGCAUUUUCUGAAAAUUCUGACUGCCUUUGGAGGGAUUGGUUUAAUUGUGAGAUGCGCAUGUCUGUGAACGUGUAUGUUACGAACCAGUUAUCUGUACCUAUAGUAAAUAUGUCCACGACCA